GUUAGUUUUUGCACCCCCCAAAAACAUUUUUUUUGUUUUAAAAGUAGGGCUGGACAGAUUUAGUGCUGCUGUGAGUGUGCAGCGCUUGGGUUUGUGUGUGAGGAAGCAGUGUGGUUGUCGGCUCCGAGGUGUUACAGCUUAAACACUUCCUCGUCUUCUUCUUUACUCUCAUCAUCACACCGACCAGCAGAGAACAUCGUCGUUUUAUAGUCCACCUCAGCGUAGACUGACCUCACAUGUGAGACACUGACUUCACGUCGUCUAAUGAGACUUAUUGAUGUGAAGUUUACGACGUUAAGAAGAACUUGUGGGAUAUAAAAAUCUGAUUUCCGGGUGUUGAGCAGUUCUUCCUACCAAUUGAGUGAUGCCUCGUUCUUUCUUGGUGAAGCGAGGAGGUCUGCACAACCUUGGGAAAAAGUCAGGGCCCCGUGAUACUUCCCUGGAGUACUCCACAUCAGAAACAUCAGAUGAUAACGCAGUGCCCAUGGGAGUACUGCAGCAGGCCCUUCCUGCUGCCAGCCAGCCAGAUGAAAGUGAGCACAUUCAGCCAUUCACUCUCAAAUAUUAUGAUCUGCUGAGCCUUGCAGUCCUGCCUUGCAGUCCUGCCAUCACAAAUACUUUUAGCCCCGUGGAGAAAGUCGAGUCUCGCCCUCCCGCACUAGGUGUAUGGUCCAGACCUCAUGUGAUCUCAGGAUAUCCAGACAAACUGUCCGUCGGGCUGGGUGACUUGACUCAGCACCCUCACAUCUUGAGGGAGACCAGGAGCAGUGGCUGCUCGAAGAUCAGCGCUGCGAGGCAGGAGUGUCCACUCUGCAGCAAAAUAUUUUCAUGUCUGUCGAGUUUGAAGACUCACAUAUGCAAGAAUCAUGGAGGCAGAGCUCUGGCACACAUCAAGUCCAGCAGGACAAAUUCUGAGCUGCCGCUAUGCAGGGGGAAGGAGAGGACGUUUGGCUGUUCCGUGUGUGGCAAAGUGUUCAAGCGCUCCUCCACCCUCUCCACUCACCUGCUCAUACAUUCGGACACGCGGCCCUACCCCUGCCAGUACUGUGGCAAAAGGUUCCACCAGAAGUCUGACAUGAAGAAACACACCUUCAUACACACCGGCGAGAAGCCCCACGUGUGUCAGAUAUGUGGGAAGGCAUUCAGCCAGAGCUCCAACCUCAUCACCCACAGCCGUAAGCACAGGAGCGACCGGCCCUACCGCUGUCCCCGCUGCCCCUACGGCUUCCAGCAGAAAGUGGACCUCCGGCUGCACCAGGAGCAGCACUGCGCCUACCGCUGA